GGCCAGGCGUCUCAAGUUGGGGUGGUUGGUUGUCUCACAAUUCUGCGGUGUUGGAUCUACGAGUACUUUCCGAGUUUCCGGCCAUCUCACUUCGAGCCACCUGUCGUUGGACCUGAGAAGGCUUGGGCUUCACGAUGGAUUGGGCAGCCGACACCUGGUUCUGUAGCUGAUCUCAGUGUGAGGUUGGCGUUCUACCAUCGAGUUCUUGACAGCUUGACCCCUUCUGGUGUGUUUUGGACACCUUUCCAUCAGAGGCCUCAUCAGGCAGUGCGUCACUCUUUGUACACUUGA